AUGGUCGGAGGCGUAUUGAGGCGAUUUAAUUCUGCUUGGUUUGAUCAGUAUCCGAGCUGGCUAGAAUAUAGUGUGAAGAAAGAUGCAGCUUUUUGUCUAAAUUGUUACUUGUUCGGGGAUAAUGCUUGUAAAGGAGGCAGAAAUGAUGCAUGUAUUGUUGAUGGUUUCUCUAGCUGGAAUAAGUUUAAAAAACUUUCAGAACAUGUCGGAGGUGUUAACAGUUUUCACAACAAUGCAGUAAUGAAAUGUGAAAACUUGAUGAGACAAGGUCAGUCUAUCAAGGAUGCUUUGCAUAAACAAGGUGAUAUCAUGAAGAAUGAGUAUCGAAUUAGGUUAAAUGCCUCCAUUGAUGUUCCUAGAUUCUUGUUGCGUCAAGAAUUACCUUUCCGUGGUCAUGAGGAGAAAGAAGAAACAGCUAAUAACGGUAAUUUUUUUGAGCUCUUGAAAUAUACUGCUGAACAGAAUGAUGUUGUGAGUAAGGCUGUUUUAAGAAACGCUUCUGGAAACAAUCAAAUGACUUCUCCAAUAAUUCAGAAAGAUAUUGUGCACUGUUUUUCAGAGGAGUUAGUCAAAAGUAUUAUUGAAGAAAUUGAUCAUGAUGUUUUCGGUUUGUUGGUGGAUGAGUCAGCUGAUGUUUCUUAUAAAGAACAAAUGGUAGUGGUGCUUCGGAUUGUUGACAAGAAUGGGAUAGUUAAAGAGAGAUUCAUCAGUCUUACUCAUGUGGCUGAGACAUCUUCAUUAUCUUUGAACUCUGCUAUUGAUUCUUUGUUUGCCAAACAUGGUUUAAGCAUUACAUCAUGUUCUUAG